UCCGUCUCGGUCCGAAUAUCAUUCGCUCGUCAACAGCUUGUAAAGCAAUAUCGACUUUCAUCGACCCGUCAACAGACCGAACCAAACAAACAUCUGCAAAAAUGAACGCCAUCAUGAAAAUCACAUUGGCCGCCGUCGCAGUUUUCGCAUCCACCAUGAUGGCCAUUUCCGCCAAACCAGCUGGACUCGUGCCCGCGGCCGCAAUCGCCCCGGUGGCCGUCGCUGCGCCCUACGCCAGUUCGUUCACGUCACACAGCGUAGCCCAUAGCGUGGCCACGCCGGUGUUGCCGGCCGCUCCGUACGUGGCCGCCGCCCCGGCGCCCUACGUCGCCGCUGCACCUUACGCGGCCGCCCCAUACGUCGCCGCCGCACCUUACGCGCCUUACGGUUACUACCCGUACGCUGCUCCGGCUUACCUGUAAAGGCAGAGACGACGACGACGGCAUGAAUGGACGAGAGACGACCGGAAUGACGAGUGGCCUUCAAUCGCAGCCACUGAUUCUUAUUUCACUCUCAUAGAUCGCAUUAUAUAACUCUUAUAAAUGAAAAAAAAAACUACAAAUGUCACCGCGAUACAAACACAAUUAUAUGUGUAUCACGCGUGCCACAUAAGAUGUAUCAUAGGUACCUACUGUUAUUAUAACAUAUGCAUAUAUAUAUUAUAUAUAUAAUAAACCAUUAUAAUGUGUAAACCAAACAUCGUUGUAAUAUAUAUUAAAUUAUACUCACACCACACAUUUGGCGCAAUGCGUUUUGAUACCACAAAACAAUAAUAUAUCAUAAUAAAAUGUACAAAAAUA